AUGAUGGCGCGAUUCCUCCAAAUGACUCCAUGCUACCCAAAGCUGACAUUCUGCACAGACAGAGCCAACCCCAUUGAGAACUCAGUAGCAGUCCUCGACGAAGACUACAAUCACAACCUCACCCUGUGCCGUGGAUCCCAAUUCGAAGACAACACGGGCAACAUAUUGUCAUUGGCUGCUGGGGAUGUAUUGGACAUCCACAUUGGCAUCAUUGCCGGACAUAAGCCCGGGUUUGCGAUUCUGUGGAACAUAUCCGUUGUGGAAGCUGUCGAGAACACCAUGGUCGGUGAGCCCCUUAAAGUCUGGGAAGACUUCCUGAGCUCGGACCCGACUGUGCCAAAUAAUGAGCGCGACUCCAGCGUCACCAUCCCUGAUAGGUUGCCAGCAGAGUGUAGCUAA